CAAAAAUGCAAUAGAUUUUUUUCUAACGUUGUGCUACUGCUAUUCUUUAAAACUCCUGAUUCCUAAUUCAAUCAAAUUUAAAGGAUCAGACUUGGAAGUUAGAGUAAGCAGUGGCACCAAAUCUAGUCACCUUGUAGACUCUAGAAGUGAUAGGCCUGCAUCAAUCAUCAGAUAAUUUUUCUCAAAGCACCAUUCACAAGUUAAAGUCUAUUAGUAUUACAUGCAGUUAGUUAUCAUACUAGAAACACUGGCAAAAAAGUUUUCUGGACAACCAAGACAAGUCCAACAGCAAAGAGUUAAGUUAAAACUUAAGCCAGAUAAUGGGUGCUCAACAAGGUAAAGAAAAUAGACGAGAUGAUCGGGGCAGUGGAUCAUCAGUUGGAAGUGGUCAUGGUGUUGGAAAAACUUCAAAAAGUCUUAAACUCCGAAACAAGGAUUCUCGUAUUGCAACUGCCAGCUUGCCAGUGUCUGGAAAUAUCUUUACAGAACAUAAUGAAGCUCUCCUGCAGACUAGGCCCUUGCCAGAGAUUCCAGGCUUAGAAGAAGUAAUUCCUAACCUGCCUGCAGCUCCAGAUGUACCGAUGACUUCUCGAUGGAUGUCUAAAGAAAAUCUUCUUGUCCCAACAGAUACUGAUCCUCAACUUUUUGUGUCUCUUUAUGAUUUUCAAUCAUCAGGAGAAAACCAGUUGGCUUUGAAGAAAGAUAUUCAAACUCUCAUUUCAGGGGAACAGGUUCGAGUCCUUUCCUAUAAUAGAACAGGAGAAUGGUGUGAAGCUCAGUCAAGAACAGGUCAAGUGGGGUGGGUUCCAAGUAAUUAUAUCACUCCUGUUAACAGCCUGGAGAAACACUCCUGGUACCAUGGUCCUGUCUCUCGAAACGCUGCAGAAUAUCUUCUUAGUAGUGGAAUUAAUGGAAGCUUCCUAGUAAGAGAGAGUGAAAGUAGCCCAGGACAGAGAUCUAUCUCUCUACGAUACGAAGGUCGAGUGUAUCACUAUCGGAUUAGUGAAGAUGCUGAAGGAACUGUGUAUGUGACCUCAGAGUGUCGGUUUAACACCUUGGCAGAAUUAGUACAUCACCAUUCCAUGCAUGCCGAUGGUCUCAUCACCAUGUUGCUUUACCCAGCACCCAAACGAACCAAACCUGCUCUGUUUGCUCUUAGUCCUCAGCCAGAUGAAUGGGAGAUUGAUAGAACAGACAUUGUGAUGAAGCACAAGUUGGGAGGGGGACAAUAUGGGGACGUAUACGAAGCGACGUGGAAGAGAUACAACAUGACGGUUGCUGUCAAAACUUUAAAGGAGGAUACAAUGGCCUUGAAGGAUUUUCUAGAGGAAGCAGCUAUUAUGAAAGAGAUGAAACACCCAAAUUUAGUACAACUAAUAGGUGUGUGCACCAGGGAACCUCCAUUCUACAUAAUUACAGAGUUCAUGCCUCAUGGUAACUUACUUGAUUUUUUGAGGAAUGCUGCGAGGGAAGAAAUUACUGAAGUGGUUCUCAUGUACAUGGCAACCCAGAUUGCUUCAGCCAUGGCUUACCUGGAAUCACGAAACUUUAUACACAGAGACUUAGCAGCUAGAAACUGUUUAGUUGGAGAAACUCACUUGGUGAAGGUUGCAGAUUUUGGCCUGGCUCGUCUGAUGCGAGAUGAUACAUACACUGCCCAUGCUGGAGCCAAGUUCCCCAUCAAGUGGACAGCACCUGAAGGUCUAGCUUAUAAUAAGUUUUCCACAAAAUCGGAUAUUUGGG